AUGUGGUUCCCUCCCGAAAAAUGCGCCAUCGUCCACCAGGAGAUAGAGGAUCUCCUAUCCAAGGGUGCAAUUCGACCGGUGAGCCCAUCUCCCGGCCAGUUCGUGAGCCGGUUAUUCACCGUACCCAAGAAGGGUACCACCGCCGAACGUCCAGUCAUCGACCUCCGCCACCUGAACGAGCAUGUGCGGUACGAGCACUUCCAGAUGGAGGGUCUCCACCUUGUUCCCCUAUCCGUCCGAGAGGGCAAUUGGCUCACAAAGCUAGACCUCAAGGACGCGUACUUCACCGUGCCGAUCCAUCCCCAGCACCGCCGGCUCCUGCGCUUCAGUUGGGAGGGCCAACUCUACGAGUUUCAGUGCCUACCGUUCGGCCUGUCCAGCGCCCCCCGGGUAUUCACGAAGCUGAUGAAGGUCCCGAUCAGUGUUCUUCGUCGUCAGGGCAUUCGUCUCAUCCUGUAUCUCGACGACCUUCUCCUGAUUGCCGAGUCACGGCCGGCCGCCGUGCUGCAGACGCAGCAGGCCAUUCAACUCCUAGAAUCUCUGGGUUUCGUAAUCAAUCGGAAGAAGUCCAUUCCCGAGCCUACGCAACAGCUCGAGUUCCUAGGAUUUCAGUUGAACUCUGUGGCCAUGACGAUGUCGGUGCCGAUCGACAAGGCGCGGAAACUCCAGCAGGAGUGCCACCGAGCCCUGUCCCAGCCCUACCUGUCCAUCCGCGCAUUGGCCUCACUCCUGGGCAGGAUGGUUGCGUGCUCCCCAGGCAUGUUUCUGGCCCCACUGCAAUUCCGCCACCUUCAGCAGUUGAAGAUUGCAGCCCUUCGUCGCCAUCAGAGCUACCUUGCCACGGUACGCCUGACGCCGGAAGCCAGGACGGAGCUGACGUGCGGUGUGCGGCACAACGAGUACUGGGGGUCAAUGGUCCCCUACCGAGGCCAAUCUCCACAUCAAUGCUCUGGAAUUGAUCGCUGCCUCAUUCGCGGUGAAAGCCUUUCAUCACCGGGCCUCUUACCGUCCUCUGCACAUCAAGUUGUUGAUCGACAACACGACAGCCGUCAGCUACAUCAACCGCUUAGGCGGCACGCAUUCCCGUCUCCUGUCCCAGAUCGCUUGCGACCUCUGGAGAUGGGCGGUCCAACACGAUAUCCGCCUCCAGGCGGAAUAUGUGCCGAGCGAGGAGAACCCAGCGGACCAUCCUUCUCGGGGCUCCCUCUCCGAGUCCGGCGACUGGCGCCUGGACCCUGCUCUGUUUCGCAGGAUUCAGAGGGCAGCUCCUUGGACCUUGGUGCUAGAUCUGUUCGCAUCUCGACUGAACACGCAACUUCCCGCCUUCUAUGCUUGGAGGCCGGAUCCGGAGGCUCUCGCUCUAGAUGCGUUCUCUCAGAAUUGGAGUCUCCCUCAUCAGGACGCGGUGUAUGCCUUCCCACCAUUCUGCCUACUGGACAGGGUGCUUCAUCGUGUGGCCUCACUCCAUACUUGCCGGAUGAUACUGGUCGCACCAGUAUGGGAUACGCAGCCAUGGUACGCGACUUUGCUGCAGCUGUUGGUCGAUUUCCCCAUGCUUCUGCCCACAUUCGACUGCCUGCUACUCUCACCCUCGGGCCAUCCACACCCACUGGUACUAUCCCGCCACCUGCGCCUCGCCGCAUGGCCUAUCUCCAGCAGCGCUUCAAUGCAGCAGGACUUUCUCCACAGGUCGUGCGACUCCUCUCCUCCUCUUGGCGGUCAUCAACCAAUGCCGCUUACGCAUCGGCAUGGGAGCAGUGGCUGGGCUGGUGCAGUCAACGGUCAGUGGAUCCCGUUCGCCCAUCUUUAGCUAUGGUGCUCCAGUUCCUGGCCGAUUCCUUUGAGGACGGCCGCAGCUACAGUACCCUGAAUGUCUAUCGGUCAGCGAUGUCUGCUACCCUGCCUGAGCUGGAUGGUGCACCCAUUGGCCAGCACCCGUUGGUGGUGCGUUUGCUCCGUGGUAUCUGCCUAGAGCGUCCGCCGCAGCCGCGGUACUCACAUACUUGGGAUGUGGGUAUUGUCACUUCUUGGCUCUCUAAACUGCCUGCCAACACGGACCUGUCUCUCCCUGUCUUGUCUGGCAAGUUGGCCAUUCUGAUGGCCUUGACUGCUGCUCGGCGCUCUUCGGACCUCCACCGGCUAAGCCUCAACUCUCAUCGUUUCUCUGCCGAGGGCGUGGUAUUUGACUAUCUCACACCCCCUAAGCAGCAUCGCCCUGGUUCGGAACCAGCCCGACCUGUCACCUUUGCUGCCUUUCCUGUGACUCCUGCACUCUGUGUUGUGGAGUGCUUCAGGGAGUACUUGCGUCGGACCGCCGACCUGCGACAGGCAUCUUCUGCACAUCUGUUCCUCAGCACGAAGCGUCCGCACCACCCUGUCACCUCUGCAACGAUUGCUCGUUGGAUCAAGCAGGUUAUGUCCAAGGCUGGUGUGGAUACAUCAUUGUUUGGUGCCCAUUCCACUCGUGCCGCUUCUACGUCUGCUGCGAAGCGUAAAGGUAUGUCGACAGUGGACAUCAUGAAAUGUGCUGACUGGAGUUGCGCAUCUGUGUUCCAGCGCUUCUAUUUCAAGCCAUGGGAGGGUGAGACCAGCGGCUCUUCCCCAUCGGCACAUCAGCAGUUCUGCCGCUCUGUGCUUGCGCCGUAGCGCUACCAAUGUUGGCCUGGCCAGGUUCUGAGUCUGUGACUUUGUGUCUACCUCAGUAAUCCGAUUGCUGUCUGUGCCUGGCUUUCUCAAUGCCGUUCUAUCUGUGCAUGUGUAUAGUACACGGCUUUCCUCAUUUAUUCUUCCUUUUGCCAUUACGCCUGUGUCCUUGUUCUGGACAGGCCUUUUGUCACUUUCUGCGGCAAGUUUCCGUGGCACCGGUUUACCCUGUUCCUUACUGAUUUGGUGGUGUGCAUGGUGUGCUGCAUGCCCGGUUGGGGGUUUUCAUGGCCUGCGUUGGUCCCUCUCUCCGGUCUUGUGGUGUUCGCUUCACCUCUGAUUUGAGCGUUGAAAUCUACAGUGUUACAUGGAGCGGAGCCUCU